AUGGCUGACAAUAACAACAACAAUCAAAUUACAAUAAACAGUAAUCAAAAAAAUAAUAACAACACAACCAAACAUGCCCAACAACAACCACAACAAAAACUUAUCGUCGUUGAGAAUGAAGAAAUUCUAACAAAACUUUCUCCAAAAGUUUUGCAAGCUUAUGAGCAGCUGGUGCGAGAGCGAACAACCGUACUCUCUCCCUCCUCCUCCUCCUCCUUUUGCUCACAGUAUGUGUUGACAGCUAAACCGGUCUCGGGAGUUGGUGAGAAUUCUUACGGUUUGAUAAUGCAAGUGUGUGUGCGACCAAUGGCAGAAGAGCAACAACAACAAAAGCAUGCCACCAAUGGCGAAGAGAAUGACAACUCUGCGAAGGAAACGGAAGUGGCCACCACAAAGCCAUCAACCAAUGAAUUUUAUAGCAUUCUAAAGUUAUCACCGAAAAAUCCAGCCUUUCGUGAUCAUAGCCACAUUCCGGAAUUAUAUCAUCGAGAAGUGUUUUUAUAUCAAACAGUUUUCGACGAAUUCCGCCAAUUAUGUGCCGGAGGGGAAUUUGAUAUAGUACCUGAAAUGUGGUAUAGCUGUCUCGACUAUAUGGAUGAAUUCCUUAUCUGUGAAGAUUUGGGGCAAAGUGGCCAUCGGCAAAAUGUUCGCACUCAAAUGCCCACAAUUGAUUUAGCCUCAGCCACAUUUCGUUCCAUUGCCAAAUUUCAUGCAAUGUCAUUUAUUUUGCAAUCGAAGAAACCGCAGAUUUUCCGAAAUUUAAUUAAAGAUUUUUCCGAUAAUCUGUUCAACGAAAAUAUCGAUCCGAUUACCAUAGAAUUUGGUAAGAAAUAUAUAAGAAAAACAAGGGUAAUGUUGGAACAGGAUAUGCAGCGUUCAUCGACUUCAUCUUCCUCCUCAUCAUCAUCGAUAUUGAAACAAAUUGAGGCUUUACAAAAAUUGGAGGAUAAUUUUAAAGAGGUCUCAAUGCAGUGUGUCAAUGGUGCGGCAAUGGCUCCAUAUGCGGUCAUUUGCCAUGGGGAUUUUUGGAAUAAUAAUAUGCUGUAUAAAUAUGAUGACCACACAAAUGAAGCCGUAAGUGCCAAGCUAAUUGAUUUCCAGCUAUCCCGUUAUGCCUCUCCCGUUGUCGAUCUAAUGCAUUAUCUUUGCACCAGUACCGAUCAUGAUUUACGCCGUGUUCAUUUCAAUGAACUACUCGAUAUCUAUUAUGCCGAAUUAACCCGGCACAUUGAACAGCAUCAGCUGCAAAUGGAGGAUAUCUAUCCGAAGAAAGUGUUUUUCGAACAAUUGCAUUCAAUCGGCAUCUUUGGUCUAUGUAUGGCAGCAUUUUCUAUACCCUUUUUUAUAUCGAAUUCCAGUGAGUUGCCCGAUUUAGAUGAGGUAGCCACAGCUAUAAGAGAUAUAUCAUCGUCGUCGUCGGAAAAUUCUGAAGAGGAGGAAGGCGGGGCAGGAGGAGAUGCCGAUGUGCAAAGUGCCAAUGCCAAGCGUCAGGAAUUAUUGGAUGAAUAUGAUUUGCUAACGGAACGUACCUUGCCCAUUUUCAAGAAGCGAAUGUGCGGCCUGGUUAGGGAUUUGCAGGAUUACGGCGUAUUGGAGGUGGUUAUGAAAUUGUAA